ACCAUAUGAGAAAAAAUGCGGUCUCACCCUCUUGUUUUCCCUGCCUGCUGCAACCUUCCCAUCCCAAACCCACCCACCGAAACCCUAAAUCGGCUGCUAACCUGUGCGAUUCCGGCCUCCGCGCACCUCGCCGGCUGCAAGGAGCGCUUCUCACGUAGCCGUUGUCCCCGUCCACCACCACCGCUGCCUCUUCCUCCAUUUCCCCUCAACCGGAGCGACGGGGGGCGGGGGGGGGGGGGGUGCAGAGAUCCAUCCGACUCGACUGAUCUCCUCUUUUGUUGUAUAUCUGAACUUUAUGGUUUGAUUAUUUCUAGGCUUCAUAAUGAUUGCCGCUUUAUUGCUGUAUUGUGAGAUCAUAUGAUUGACAGCACAAUGGCAUCAACUUUACUUGAGGGUCUCCCUAAUGAAGUUGCUGUCCAGUGCCUUGCACGGGUCCCAUUCUUAUUACAUCCCAUGCUUCAGCUAGUUUGCCGCUCAUGGAGAGCAUCUGUUCACAGUGGUGAACUUCUCAAAGUUCGGAAUCAGAUUGGUGCGACAGAAGAACUGUUAUGUGUGUUAGCAUUUGAACCUGAAAACAUGUGGCAGCUUUAUGAUCCUCUACGAGAUAAGUGGAUAACUCUCCCUGUCAUGCCAACUCAGAUUAGGAACAUUGCUCGUUUUGGAGUGGCCUCAGUUGCUGGCAAGCUCUAUGUUAUUGGUGGUGGCAGUGAUCGAGUUGAUCCGCUUACUGGAGACCAUGACAGGAUCUUUGCAAGCACUGAGGUUUGGUCUUAUGAUUCUCUCAACCGUGUGUGGGCCCAGGGGGCUCCAAUGCUUGUGGCUCGAGCUAUGUUUGCCUGUUGUGCAUUGGAUGGGAAAAUAAUCGUUGCAGGGGGCUUCACAAAUUGCCGCAAAUCGAUAUCGAAGGCUGAGAUUUAUGACCCUGAAGCUGACAUGUGGGAGCCUCUCCCUGACCUUUGUCAGGCUCAUAGCUCUGCCUGUUCUGGACUUGUCAUAAAGGGCAAGAUGCAUGUAUUGCAUAAAGGUCUACCAACGGCGCAGAUUCUGGAAGAUGGUGGCAGUUGUUGGGCUGUUGAGGACUUCUCCUGGCUGCAAGGUCCAAUGGCUAUGGUCGGCGGGGAGCUGUAUGUGCUGAGCAACAGCUGUAUCAUGAAGCAGCGUGGGGAGAAUUUCCCUGAUAAGAUGGUGUCUUGUGCAUCUGAAUUCCAGAGCAGGAUUGGUUUUGGGAUGAUUGGUCUGGGAGACAGCAUAUAUUUGGUUGGGGGAGUAAUUGGACCUGGGCCGAGAAAUCAGUGCAUCAAGCCGCUGUCUGAUGUUGAUAUCUUGAAUGUCACAAUUGAGAGACCAACCUGGCGACCUGGAUCAGCAAUGACACAUUGUCAAGGGAGCAUUUCUGGGUGUGCUUUGCUGAGGAUUUAGCCUCAUUCCAGUGCGUGAUGCUAGUAUCUUGCAGUUGCAGAAUUGACUGCAGAUGGCUUUUAUCUGUCCUAUAUUUUGUUUUAUUUUAAAAAAGGGCUAUUAAUUAUUCUUUGAUUUUGCAUCGCCUGUUGUAGCAUUGAGCACGUGUAUUGGUCAUGACUCAAUGCCAGAUUGUCAAUCAGAUAAAUACUAUAUUUAUCAUGAAUGUGGUAGCAAAAAUAUUACUUAUA